AUGGCCCUGAGGGCCUGGACUUGCCAGCUCUGUCCUGGCACCUGCUCCCUCCUCACCCCGGCCUCAGCUCCCCGCUGCACACAGAGGGGACCCGACCACCAGCCGAGACCUGCCAGGGUACGUCACGGUGCCGUCAAGCCCGCCCGCGCAUCAGGAGCCCAUCCUUCGCCCACCAGCACCAGCUUCCCGGGCCGCUCUGCAGUGAAGUGUCCUGACAGGCAGCAGAUGUCCGGUGGCCAGGGACACGGGGAGGCAGCCGGGGUGCCGCCACACCGAGAGCAGAGAUGCCAGGGGCACAGCCGCCCACCUCAACCCAGGACCCGCAUACCAGAGACCAAGCAGAGCACCCUGCCCUUGCCAAGGCCUGACCCUUCCUCUGCACCCCAGGAGGUGGGAGCACAGUGCCAGGCUGCCGUUGCUCCCAGCCAGGCCAAAGGCCACCCCGCAGUGAGCUGCCUGCACUCGCCGCCACGCCAAGAGGCACCAGGCCGGCAACCCGGCCACCUCUCGCUGCCGGACAGAGGCAUCCCACCCAAAACCACUCGUCCCAGGGCAGGGGCCAGCAGCAGCGGCAAGCAGGAGCCCGAGAGCCGGGCGCUUCCGCAGGGGCCGCCUACCUGGGGUCAAGGUCGCGGCGGGUCCCGUCCCAUCAGCGCCGUACCUGGGGAGGGGAGAGGCGUCGGACGCGGGGCCGGGCCCCCCCCCGGGCCGACCGCGGACAGGGCCGACCCCCGGGCUGCCGGCCCCUCCGCACCCACGGCAGCGCGGCCCGGCCCAGGCCCCGGCCCGGCCGCUCCCCGCCACGGCUCACGGCACCCACGCACCCCCGGGGAGCGGGGCACCCCCGCGGACACCGCCCCGCCCGGCCAGGCGCCCCCGCCCCCCCGCACGGGGACACCCGGCGGCCGGGCAGCCCCGCACGGCCAAGGGCAGGCGGCGGCCCGGGCGCCCCGUUACAGCCGGCAGAAGGGCGCCCGCCGGGCCCGGCACGGCCCCGCCGGGGCCCUCGCGGCGGGCGGUGCCCCCCUCUCCCUCCUUCCCUCCCUCCCCGUUCCCGGCGUCCCCGCCCCGCCCGUUCCCGCCGCCCCCGACGCUCACCGGCCGCCCCCGCUGCGGGCCCCGUGCGCCCGCCGCCAUCUUCCCGCCGCCGCCCGACGCCCCGGCCGCGCAGUCCAGCAGAGCCAGAUGACAGCUCUGCCGCCCAGCACGCCCAGUGUGGCUGGAGACAUGGCUGUCUGCAGCCCUGGUGUCCCGGUGGGCCGCACUGCUACCCGCCGGAGCUGGACCCUGGACCCCUCUGGAGAUUGGUACUACUGGUGGAUCAGCAUCAUGGCGCUGUCCGUCCUCUACAACUGGAUCGUCCUCAUCUGCAGGUCCUGCUUCCCCGACCUGCAGGAGCAGUACAUUGUGCUGUGGCUAAGCCUGGACUACCUCUGCGACGCGCUCUACCUGCUGGAUAUCGCCGUGCGCCUCCACACCGGCUUCCUGGAGGAUGGCAUCCUGGUGCGGCACCGUGGCCGGAUCCGGCACUGCUACCUGAGCUCCCCAUCCUUCCCCUGGGACGUGGCUGCGGUGCUGCCCACCGACCUGCUCUACCUGUGCCUGGGGCCAGGGGUGCCGGCGGUGCGCGCCAACCGCUGCCUGCGGGCGCCGCGGCUCUUCGAGGCCUUCGACCGCUGGGAGACGCGCACGGCCCACCCCAACGCCUUCCGCGUCGCCAAGCUGAUGCUUUACGUCUUCAUCACCAUCCACUGGCACAGCUGCCUCUAUUUCGCCCUCUCAUCCUGGCUGGGGCUGGGCACCGACGCCUGGGUCUGCCCCAACGCCAGCCGCCCUGGCUUCACCCACCCGCUGCGGCAGUACCUCCACAGCUUCUACUUCUCCACCCUCAUCCUCGCCACCGUGGGCGACACACCGGAGCCCCAGCGCGAGGAGGAGUUCCUCUUCAUCACCACCGGCUUCCUCCUGGCCGUGCUGGGCUUCGCCACCAUCACGGGCAGCAUCAGCUCCGUCAUCUCCAACAGGAACGCAGCCGAUGCCGCCUUCUACCCCGACCCCGAGCCGGUGCAACGCUACCUGCAGGCGCAGGGCGUGGGCGGGCGGCUGUCGCGGCGGGUGGCUGACUGGCACCAGCACCUGCGGGCACAGCGGAAGCUGCCGGCGGAGCGGUCGGUGCUGCAGCACCUGCCGCAGGGGCUGCGGGCCGAUGUGGCGGCCAGCGUCCACCUGCCGGCCCUGCACCGCGUCGGCCUCUUCCAGAGCUGGGAGCGCGGCGUGCUGCAGCAGCUGGUGCUGCGGCUGCAGCCCCAGGUCUUCGGCCCCGGCGAGUUUGUCUGCCGCAGGGGCGACGUGGGGCGUGAAAUGUACUUCAUCCGCGAGGGGCGGCUGGCCGUGGUGGCGGAGGACGGCGUCACGCAGCUCGCCAUCCUGGGUGAGGGGCUCUACUUUGGAGAGAUCAGCCUCAUCAACAUCAAAGGGAACACCUCGGGGAACCGGCGCACAGCCAACAUCAUGAGCAUCGGCUACUCGGACCUCUUCUGCCUCUCCAAGGAGGACCUGGCGGAGGUGCUGGUUGAGUUCCCCAGUGCCCGGGCCAUGAUGGAGGCCAAGGGCCGCGAGCUCCUGCUGCGCAUGGGCAAGCUGGACGUGCACGCCGAGGCGGUGGCAGCGGUGGCGGCAGAGGAGGCCGAGCAGCGGGUGCAGGCGCUGGAGACUGCCCUGGAGGGGCUGCAGACCCGGGCAGCCCGGCUGCUGGCCCAGCUGGAGUCCAGUGCCUUCAAGCUGACGCUGCGCGUCGAGCGCCUCGAGUGCCGGCUCCGGCGGCGGCAGCCUGCCAGGGGAGCGGGUCCUGCCAGGGCAGAGGGUCCCACCAUGGCGCAGAAUCCCAGUGGGGUGCAGGGUCCCAGUGGGGUGCAGGGUCCCAUGAUGCCGCGGGGUCCUGCCCGGGGACCAGAUCCUGCUGGGGGACGGGGUCCCACUGUGGCACAGGGUGACAGUGGGGUGCAGGGUCCCCCCAGGGUGCAGGGUCCCUCCACAGCACGGGGUCCCAGAGGGGCACAGGCUGACAGUGGGGUGCAGGGUCCCCCCAGGGUACAGGGUCCCCCCACGGCACGGGGUCCCCUCGGGGUGCGGGGGUGA